AUGGCUAAUCAUAAGCAGUGGAACUCUAACUAUUCAGCUAGUCACAUCGCUGGUAACAGCACUCCGCGCAGUGCUGCUGUUACCAGUAACACAAGCAGUCCCCAGAGACCUCGUAAGCCGUCAGCCAUCGUGAUUGGUAGCGGGUUUUCCGGACUGGCAGCAGCUCACGCACUGCACCACGCAUCGUUCGAGGUAGUGGUUCUAGAGGCAAGGAAUCGCAUCGGAGGUCGAGCGUUCACAGAUUACUCUUUUGGCUUUCCGCUUGAUCUAGGUGCUGCUUGGCUGCACGGUGUUUCUGAGAGUAAUCCGUUGGCUCGGCUGAUUGCGGACCUCCAGCUUCCGCUCUACCGAACCAGCGGGGAUGACUCGGUGCUCUAUGACCACGACCUGGAGAGCUACGCGCUGUACGAUGAGGAUGGGGUGAAGAUUCCCCAAGACGUGGUGGAGCGUGUGGAGAGGGUGUUUGAAGAGAUGCUGGAAGAGACGCGUCAAAUAUGCGCCAAUACAAGCGAGGACAUGAGCAUGGAGCAUGCCCUAACUCUGGUGGAGCAGCGCAGGCCGGAUCUGGGGCUGCAAGGAGUGGAGCGGCGGGUGCUGCAGUGGUACCUGUGCCGCAUGGAGGGGUGGUUCGCCACGGACUUGAAAAACCUCUCCGCCAAAUGCUGGGAGGAGGAGGAUCUAGUGGAUGGGGGUCAUGGGCUCAUGGUGAACGGUUAUCUGCCUGUGCUCGAAGCACUUGCUGCUGGGCUGGACAUUCGUUUUAAUCACAGAGUGAUCAGCGUUGACUGGUCCUCAGCACAGGAUACAGACAAACCAGUUGGCAGAGGGACAGAUACAGCAGGGGUGGUAUGGGAAACGAACGUAGAGGCAACACGGGUAGGUGCAGCAGAGGAGGCAGGAGCGACAGGGCCGCAGCAGGGGAGUCAUCAGUAUAACAGACUUACCGAGCAGAGUUUCACUACCCGCUGCAUACCAUGUGCUAGCCUCAGGUGCACUGGGUGUAGCAGUUGUGAUCUAGGCAGUAACAGCCAAGGCAGCAUGCACAACUCCAAAACCAGAAUUAGCAGCAUGUGCGUCCCCUUAAGUCCUGCUGACAAUCCCGGUUCUUCCAGUAGUGAAGCUGCAGCUUGCGUCAGCAUGCCACGUAAACCCUGUGUCCACAUCACCACGGCUGACGGUGCCGUUUUCUCCGCUGAUGUGGCGAUCAUCACCCUGCCAGCUGGCGUUCUGCGGCUGUCUGUGGGCCACGUAGGCACCUCAGCUCAGGAGGUCUCCUUGGCUGAGACAGUGAAUGGUGUUAAUCGCAGCAACUGCAGUAAUUGCAGUAACCGCAUCAACGGCAGAAACUGCAAUAACAGAAGUAACAGCAGCAAUAUCUGCCGAAGUGGGAGCAGCAGCACUUAUCCCUCCACCGUCCCUACCCACCCCAACCGCAUCCAGUUCUCCCCACCCCUCCCACCAUCCAAAUGCACCGCACUCGACUCCAUCGGAGUCGGCAUCGAGAACAAAAUCGCCCUCCUCUUCUCUUCCUGCUUCUGGCCCUCAGUAGAAUUCCUGGGAGUGGUGGCAGACACGCCCUACGCGUGCAGCUACUUCCUGAACCUGCACAAGGCGAGCAGGGGCGAGAGGGCCGUGCUGGUGUUCAUGCCGGCAGGGAGGUUGGCAGAGGAGAUGGAGGGGAUGGGGGAGAGCGAGGCAGUGGCGCUCACCAUGCAGCAGCUCAGGAAGAUCAUACCCCACGCCCCCGAACCGAUCCAGGCGCGCAUAACCACAUGGGGGUCAGAUCCCUUCUCUCUUGGUUCUUACUCCUACGAUGCAGUGCAUGCCCCUCCCGACGUCUACGACUCCCUCCGCGCCCCCCUCCCUCCCCUCUUCUUUGCCGGAGAAGCCACUUCCCGUCCCCACCCCGGCACUGUUCACGGCGCGUUCUCCACUGGGCGGCAAGCUGCGAGAGAGGCGGCAGAAUUCGUCCGGUUGUUGGGUUUCGGAGAGGAGUCGAGGAUGGUAAGGAAAAUUGAGAGCAAGAAACACGCGGCGCUGCUGCCAGAGUCAGUGGUUUCAGGAGGAGAUAUGACUGGGGAAGGGAGCAUUUUGUCUCAUGUGGAAGCUUAUGGGAAUAGUGCCGAGACUCACAACAACUCACUUGAGCAGGGGCAAGUGGGGGAUAGCAGCACUGUGGUUUCCAGCCAAUCAUCGUUGACUCAGCAUGUGGUUUCCGGGGAGAUUGAGGCAGCCUCACGUUCCCUCUUGAAUCCGCUUUCUCUGCCGCCCUCCCGUUCCCCGCGUCUGACGCCGAUUAGCGGGCCGAUCGGGCUUCUCUCUGUGCUUGUAUCGCGGCCCGCCAUGUCGAAUAGGGGAUAUCACAGCAGCGUCAACGGCGGCGGCGGCGGCGGCGGCGGAUGGAACGGAUCGGCUAUCCCUCCGCCUUCCUUAAAUCCGUCUGCGCUUCCGCCGAAUCCAUCUGCGCCGGUGUGCUACAGUUUCCUCUCCCCCGCCGGUUGCCGAUUCGGCCACAGCUGUCGUUUCUCCCACGCCGCAAUUCCCCAAUACCUCUCCGCGGUUCCCCCUGCCCACUCCGCGCUUCCCCAAUCCCUCUCCGGGUUCCCCGCUACCCACUCCGCGCUUCCCCAACCCCUUUCCGCGCUUCCCCCUGCCCACUCCGCGCUUCUCCAAUCCCUCUCCGCGCUUCCCCAAUCCCUCUCCGCGCUUCCCCCUGCCCACACCGCGCUUCAUCAAUUCCGCUCCGCGUUUCCCCCUUCUCACCUCGCGCCCCUCCCCUCCCCGUUUCUCGGUGUCUCAUCUGCGAAUUCACUCUCAAAUUCCUUUCAGCAGCUUUCUACGAACCUUCAAGGAAAUUCCCAAGGGAGAGCUCUACCCGGGGGUGCCCGGGGCGUGCUGCAUUGGAACCAGAGGAGGCACGGCAUCGUGAAGGAGAUCAAGCAGCACUCGCCUGAUCUCAUAUGCCUGCAGGAGGUGGACAACCAUGCCGAUCUAUGUGGAGCAGUGAACAAGCUGGGUUACGAUAGCAUUUUCCAGUGUCGCACAAGAGGCAACAAGGAUGGCUGCGCUAACUUCUGGAAUACCAAGAGGUGGUCCUGUGUUGGCUUCCAGUCCAUCGAGUUUGCAGCUUUGGGCCUCAGAGACAAUGUUGCCCUGCUCACUGUGCUCAAGUUAAUUGGAGAAAACAAGGAAGGGGAAGGAGUCGAGGAACUAGAAGAAGGAGAAGAGAGGGAUGAAGAGAAUAGCAGCCUUCUCGUCCUGGCCAACAUCCACGUGCUCUUCAACCCGAAUCGAGGAGACAUCAAGCUGGCUCAGAUGUCCCGGCUCCUGUCGGCCGCCCAUCAGCUAUCUGAGAAGCACGGAAGCUGCCCUGUGGUGGUGUGCGGAGACUUCAACGCCACUCCUGCGAGUGCACUCUAUGACUUCAUUGCUUCAUCACAGUUGGAUCUGGCUCUCACUGAUCGGCGAAGGGUAUCAGGGCAGCUGGAGGGAGGGGAGGGGCAGCAGCAAGUUCGGUUCCAAUCAGCUUCCCACUUGAGUCAGCAAUGGUAUGUAUAUGGCAUCCGUUGCUAUAUUUCAGAGGCGAAAAGGCAGAGAGUGGGUGUCGAUGCGAGCGGGAAUGAGGAGUUGGCAGGGUUGAGCAGCGAUGGCAGUGGUUGGGGGGGAAGCACGUUUGCGCUGCAAGAGGGACGAUUUGGAUGGGGAGGGAUGGGAGGAGUAGGAGGGAUGGGGGGGAUGGGAGGGAUGGGAGGAGUAAGAGGGAUGGGGGGGAUGGGAGGAGCAGUGAGAGGGAGGGGAGGAACAGGGGGGUGGUCCUAUGAGGAGCUAAAGAUUGCAACAGGGAGUGAUGGAGGGGGUACUCUUGUGAAACACCCUCUGAAACUCAAGAGCGCGUAUUCCCAAGCUCCGACUGAGAAUCGUCACGCAUGCCCCAAGGGAGAGCCGUUGCUGACGUCAUUCCAUGCGAACUUCUGUGGAACCGUGGAUUACAUCUGGCACACCCACGAGCUUGAGGUGCAGCGGGUGUUAGACGUGCUUCCAGUGUCCCACUUUGCCCACAACGGCGCCAUGCCCACUCGCCGUUGGCCCAGCGACCAUUUCUCCCUCGUUGCAGAGUUUACCCUCCGAUGCCGACCAAAGCAGCAGUAG